ACCUUCACUAGCCUGCUUCAUUUCAGUCCUGAACCCCGACUGUUCCCAGCCCACGGUUCUCUUCACUUCCCUGACACCCGGUGCAGCCAGUCCCUAGCUCCUCUUCCCACUCAGCCCUGUGUCCCGUGGUGCGCUGCUGUCCGAUUCCAGCUCACAUGGCCCUGCUAGCCGCGUUGUUUCUGAGUGCAGCCCUGGGCGCCUUACUCAGUUUCGCGCUGCUGGCAGCGGCGGUCGCCAGCGACUACUGGUAUAUCCUGGAGGUGGCAGACGCUGGCAGCUCGGGCGGCGCGCGGCUCUCCUCGCAUUCCGGGCUCUGGCGCACCUGUGAAGAACAGAACAGCUGUGUGUCCCUGAUCGACCCUUUUGCCAGCUCCGGCCUGGAAGCUUCUCCCUCCAUACAGCACCUGCUCUCCCUGCAUCGCACAGUCAUGGUAGUCUUGCCUCUGAGCCUCAUCCUCAUCGUGUGUGGUUGGGUCUGCGGCUUGCUCAGCUCCCUGUCCCAGAGUGUCCCUCUGCUGCUGGCCACAGGCUGCUACUUCUUGCUAGGGGGCGCCCUGACCCUGGCAGGGCUCAGCGUCUACAUCUGCUACUCACAGCUGGCCUUCGUGGAGGCUGCCCGCCUGUAUGGCCUGCAGCACGUGCAGAGCGUGCACAUCAGCUUCGGCUGGUCACUGGCCCUGGCCUGGGGCUCCUGCGCCUCAGAGGUGCUCAGUGGUGCUCUCCUGCUCGCAGCUGCCCGUCUCCUCACCCUGAGCCAGCGCCCAGGAAUGCCCCACUCUGUCAUCCUCUGAGUCCCAGUGUGGCAGGGUGGUGGGGAGAAGGACGU